AAACCACACACUUCUCCCCCAAACAAUAACAAAAAAUCAUAAUCAAAUCAUACAAAAAUUUCAUCUUUCUCUUUCUUUCUAACGCCUCCUACUUUCUUUUUUCAUUUCUUAUAUUUAAAAAUCACAUCUUCCCAUAUAAUCAAAGUCCGAUCUUUUCAGUUUUCACCCAAGUUUUUCUGAGACCAAAAUCUUUGUUAUUAUUAUGGGUAGUUGGAGAAGAAAAGAACAUGUAGAAAGUUUUAAUCAUGGAAUGAGAUCACAGACCAGAAAUCAACCUACUGAGAUUUGGCAGUCAACUGUUCCGAAAUGGGAAAAGGAUUUCUGUUACACAGUUGGUUCAGUUCCAUGGAGGAAAGUAUUGGACACGAAAAAGUACAUUCAUUUACAUGAGAAUAUUGUAAAAUGGAACGAUUCGGCCUCAGAAGAGGCGUUCAGACAAGCAAAAAACAGAUUUUGGGCACACAUUAAUGGCCUUGCAUCUGAAGUAGUAUUACCUGAUCCAGAUAUCUACAUUGAUGAAGUUGAUUGGAACUCGGAGAUUGAUCCCGAGCUACUUCUUGAUUUGGAGAGAAAACCAGAACCGUCUGAUUACACUAAUCACGAUGAGAAGGUUCUUAACCUUGACAAUUCUCAUAACCUCAACCAGAUCAACCUAAGCCUUGACCACAUUGCCCCAACUGGAUGGGGUGAUGCUGAAGAAGAUUUCAAAGCCGAUACUUCUUCUAGGGAACGGAGACAGACAUGGAAUACGAACGGUUGGAAGAACAACGAUGACUAUGCUUGGCAGAACUCUGGCUAUCGAAAAACAAGAUUUUCGGGCAAUCACUAUCAGCAGAGAGAAUAUGGAUAUAGAGGAAGGAGGAGGCAGUGGAACUGCGCACCGGUUAAUAACAACCAAAGUGGUUCGGGCCGAGGAGGAAAUGCUUGGGGUUUGGAGAAACAAAUUUGGUAAAUAGAGUCAUCAAGAGUUAAUUUCAUUCAUAUUCUUUGGCAAGCAAUUUGAGAGUAUUAUAUAGCUAUAAUAAGAGUUUAACUAUAUUUUUUGUUCAAGUAUAUAAAAAGAAAGAGAAAUAUAUAUAUAUACAUAUAUGAAGGUUAUAUAGAUAAAGCCUUUUGGUAGGUAUGAACUAUGAAUUGAAGGCAGUUUUGGUUCCAAUUUCACAUUGGUUGAGUAAGACAUUUACUUUUGUUUUUUGA